GAUUGGCCGAGGGACCACUCCUCGUGGGGCUGUCUAGGCCGCGGCGCGCGGUGCCCGCUGGGAGCCGAGCCCAGGCGCGAGGACCAGCGCGAGCUCCUCCCGGUGGACUCCCCUCCCCCCUGCGGCGACCCCCUGCUCCGACUGACUGGUCCCCGAAACGGUGGCGGCGGCGGCGGUUUGUGGUCGUUGGUCGCAGGGAUUUAGGACCAACAUUUGAAGACCCAAAGGGGAAUUGCAACCAUGAAUGAAGAAAAUAUAGAUGGAACUAAUGGAUGCAGUAAAGUUCGAACUGGUACUCAGAAUGAAGCAGCAUUACUUGCUUUGAUGGAAAAGACUGGUUAUAACAUGGUUCAAGAAAAUGGGCAAAGGAAAUUUGGUGGUCCUCCUCCAGGUUGGGAAGGUCCACCUCCACCUAGAGGCUGUGAAGUUUUUGUAGGAAAAAUACCUCGUGAUAUGUAUGAAGAUGAGUUAGUUCCUGUAUUUGAAAGAGCUGGGAAGAUAUAUGAAUUUCGACUUAUGAUGGAAUUUAGUGGUGAAAAUCGAGGUUAUGCUUUUGUGAUGUAUACUACAAAAGAAGAAGCCCAGCUAGCCAUCAGAAUUCUUAAUAAUUAUGAGAUUCGGCCAGGGAAGUUUAUUGGUGUGUGUGUAAGUUUGGAUAAUUGCAGAUUAUUUAUUGGAGCUAUUCCCAAAGAAAAGAAGAAAGAAGAAAUCUUGGAUGAAAUGAAGAAAGUUACAGAAGGAGUUGUAGAUGUCAUUGUUUAUCCAAGUGCAACUGAUAAGACCAAAAAUCGUGGUUUUGCAUUUGUUGAAUAUGAAUCUCACAGAGCUGCUGCUAUGGCAAGGAGGAAACUAAUUCCAGGAACAUUCCAACUAUGGGGCCACACCAUUCAGGUAGAUUGGGCUGACCCAGAGAAAGAGGUUGAUGAGGAAACCAUGCAGAGAGUUAAAGUUCUCUAUGUAAGAAAUUUAAUGAUCUCAACUACAGAGGAAACAAUUAAAGCAGAAUUCAAUAAAUUUAAGCCUGGUGCAGUGGAACGAGUAAAGAAACUUAGAGAUUAUGCUUUUGUUCACUUUUUUAACCGAGAAGAUGCAGUGGCUGCUAUGUCUGUUAUGAAUGGAAAAUGCAUUGAUGGAGCAAGUAUUGAGGUAACACUGGCAAAACCAGUAAAUAAAGAAAACACUUGGAGACAGCAUCUUAAUGGUCAGAUUAGCCCCAAUUCUGAAAACCUGAUUGUGUUUGCUAACAAAGAAGAAAGCCACCCAAAAACUCUAGGGAAGCCGCCAACUCUUCCCACUCGUCUCAAUGGUCAGCAUAGCCCAAGCCCCCCAGAAGUUGAAAGAUGCACCUAUCCUUUUUUCCCUGGAACAAAGCUUACUCCAAUUAGUAUGUAUUCUUUAAAAUCCAAUCAUUUUAAUUCUGCAGUAAUGCAUUUGGAUUAUUACUGCAACAAAAAUAAUUGGGCACCACCAGAAUAUUAUUUGUAUUCAACAACAAGUCAAGAUGGAAAAGUACUCUUGGUAUAUAAAAUAAUUAUUCCUGCUGUCGCAAAUGGAUCCCAGAGUUACUUCAUGCCAGACAAACUCUGUACUACGUUAGAAGAUGCAAAGGAACUGGCAGCCCAGUUUACAUUACUUCAUUUGGACAGGGAACACAAUCUCUUCAGCCUGGACCUGUGUAGAAGAAUUUGGAGAAAAUAAACAGGUCCUUUCUGAUGUUGCUUGAGCUUAUUCUCCUGCAGUUGAUCUCAUUCCUGUUGGCUAAACAUUAAGUCCCAUGGCAACAUUAAGUUAAUGCUCAUAUGUUUUAGGCCUCAUUUGUAGUACCAGAACAAUAUUAUAGAAAAAAACUACCUGUACAGGAGAUGACCCAGUCCUUUUCUUGCAUUCCUAGAAACAGCAUGCCUUUUAUAAAUAAUAAUUUUAUAGUCAUUGUUACACCCUUGGCUUAUUCUACAUUGAAGAACAUAGUUGAGUUUUUGGAAAGUACAGGAUUUACAAAUUUGGUCUUUAAUAUACAUAUAUAUUACAAUUAAUGAAGCAGGAAAUUAUUGAUGCAUAAGAUGAAUGUUUAUUGUGGAACAGUACCAUUUCAAAUAUAAUUGUUUUUUAAUAAUUUGGUUUAAUUUUUGGAUAUUUUUCUAUACUAUAAGUUGAUAAUGGUUUCUUGAAGUUUAUUUUAUAAAGGUAACUCAUUUUACUGUUUUAUGGUAUCAGUAAGACUCUAAUGUUAAAUUGGUAUGUUGAGUUAUAUAAAUGUUUAUAUUAGUAUUUAAAUAAUGAAAUAUUGGACAGUUCAUUUACACCAAAUGUUUAUGUAGUCCAGGGGUGAAUGUUUCUGCUGGUUUGAUGCCUAAUACAAUUUCAAAAAAAAAAGCAAAUAUGAAUUUACUGUUUUUAUCUUUCCUUCAUGUACCACCCCUUAGUGUCAGAACCAAAUUUAAACGAAGCUUCUUCGUGGAGCUAGAGAAAUCAGAGAUUCUCUUUUUCUAUAAUCAAAAAAAUAAAAAAAUAUCCAAGAAUGUAUUCUAAUAAGACCUUUGAAGCAUUGUGUCAGUGAAGGGAGAAUAAUACUGACUGAUAAAAUUCUUAGGAUUUACAGUGCAGUGAAUGCUGCAAUAGUCUUUACCAGCAAUAUAGAUAGUAUCAUCAGGAUUUUGAGUGUUAGAACAUUAUGUUAAAAUGUGAUUAUAGUUUUAGUGCUUUGUCUCUUUGAAUUAAAUUUGUAUCCAUAAAGAUGUGCAGUAUAAUUGUUCAUGUAUUUAUUUACAGACUACAAUUUCCGUCGCAGCUCAAUAAAUAGUCUUUCCCCUGUUAGUGCUACCCUCUCUUCUGGGACUCCCAGCGUGCUUCCUUAUACUUCAAGGCCUUAUUCUUAUCCAAGCUAUCCCUUGUCACCAACAAUAUCACUUGCUAAUGGCAGCCAUGUUGGACAGCGACUAUAUAUCUCCAAUCAGGCCUCAUUCUUCUGAAGAAAAUAUUGUAAACAUUAGUAUGAAAAUUUCUUUGUGUAAAACAUGCAAAUUAAAAUACUGUUUUAUUUUAGAAUCGGGUUUGCACAUUUGGUUUUAAAAAGAUAUUUAUUCCAACAUACUAGACAUCAUCUAUAAUGCAGAAUAAUAGAGUUAUAGAAUGUAAAAAUGCAAAGUUUAAAAAGUUAUUAGUGGUUCCUCUUGAUAAAGGUAUAGCAAACUACUAUUCUUUUUAAACUUUUGGGAUUUUCUUCUAAUUCCUCAGUGGGCAGUAUAACCCAGUAGUUUAUGUUAAUAUUUUGCAUAAUAACUUUGCUAAAUAGCAUUUCACAAAUAUGAAAGCACUUGAAGACAAUGGUUAUACUAGAUUUGAUUAUCACUAUCUGUAUUGGAGAUUAGAACAGUUAUAUAACCAGAAGCAUCUAACUAUUAUGUGGAAAGAAAUGAUGAGACAAAAAGAUUAAGAUGCAGAUUUUAUGCAGUACUAAAGAAAAAAACAGUCCACCAUUGUCCUUGAAAAUAACACAGAUAUUACAGUUAACAAUUACUUGUUAUAAUUAAUUAUAAUUUUGCUGUUACUGUAUUUAAGGUUUUUAUAGUUAUGCUUCAUUUGUGUUUUUGAUAUUCAUUGUAUUGUUGUUUGAAUAAGAAGUGUUACGGUUUUUAAGUGUUGAAAUCAUG